UGCUCGCGCUCAAACCGUGCGGAGAGACAGACGCGAUUUUCCACGCGCUCGGAGACGCGCAGCGCGGCGACACUGGAAACCCCGACACACACCUCUAACCCGGGGAGGGGAAAAAAGUUUAUCCGUGCAGAUCGAAACAUCCUCCGUGCAUUGAGAUACGCAUUUAAGGACGUUGAGGAAACCAUGGAAAGUUAACAUCUGGAGGAUUUUCUGCUAAUGAUGCCGAAAACUGAGUUAAUCAUGGACUUCAGGGCAACUUUUUGAUCGCGAGCUGUAUUUUCCAGCGCCUUUUUAAAAGUGCACGCAGUUCACGAUUCGAUUGAUUUUUUUCCCCCCUUUUUUUCUUUUUGUGAACUUGGUGCAGAUGCUGCUAACAUGCUCCCCUGGAUACUUAAACUGAGUUGGUGUUAAAGAGAAAAAACCAGACGCAAGCGAAGAGCAACAGCUGGAAAGGAUUUUCUCCCCUGUGUAAUUGGGUGAAAUUUUGUGGUGGACUAUAACAGGCCUAGUUGUUCAAUUUUUGGCCAAAAAAAAAAAAAGACAACGUAUUGUCUUCAACUCUUUCUUCUGAUUGUUUUAUAACUACGACUUUCUCCAGAAUGUUGAUGCGCGCGGAACGUGUGGGCUUUUUCCUCGCGACUUUGUGCCUUUUGUGCUUGCCCACGAGCAGCGGUCAGCACAACGGUGAGAAGGGCAUCUCGAUCCCGGAGCACGGAUUCUGCCAGCCCAUUUCCAUUCCUCUGUGCACGGACAUUGCGUACAAUCAGACCAUCAUGCCCAACCUUCUGGGUCACACCAAUCAGGAAGACGCCGGACUCGAGGUGCACCAGUUCUACCCGCUGGUAAAAGUGCAGUGCUCGGCUGAUCUCAAGUUCUUCCUGUGCUCCAUGUACGCGCCAGUGUGCACAGUGCUGGAGCAGGCCAUCCCCCCGUGUCGCUCCCUGUGCGAGCGCGCCAGACAGGGCUGUGAGGCGCUCAUGAACAAGUUCGGCUUCCAGUGGCCCGAGCGCCUGCGCUGCGAGAACUUCCCAGUACACGGCGCGGGUGAAAUCUGCGUGGGCCAGAACACGUCGGAGGCCGGAAGUCCGACGUCCGACCCGACACCCUACGUUCCCGACCUGAUCACACUGCCGCCCAAUCCGGGCAGAAACUUUCAGCAGUUCACAUGCCCGCUGCAGCUUAAGGUGCCCUCUUAUCUCAACUACUACUUCAUGGGUGAGAAGGACUGUGGUGCGCCGUGUGAGCCCAACAAGCCCAACGGCCUUAUGUACUUCCGUGAAGAAGAGGUGAAGUUUGGACGCCUCUGGGUGGGCAUCUGGUCCAUUUUGUGCUGCGUGAGCACCCUCUUCACUGUGCUCACCUAUCUGGUGGACAUGAGACGAUUCCGCUAUCCAGAGAGACCAAUCAUCUUCCUGUCUGGCUGUUACUUCAUGGUGGCCGUGGCCUAUGCUGCAGGUUUCUUCCUUGAGGACAAGGUGGUUUGCAUUGACAAAUUCAACGACGAUGGGUACAAGACAGUGGCACAAGGUACAAAGAAGGAAGGAUGCACCAUCCUCUUUAUGAUUCUCUACUUCUUCGGCAUGGCGAGUUCCAUCUGGUGGGUCAUCUUGUCUCUCACGUGGUUCCUCUCAGCCGGCAUGAAGUGGGGCCACGAGGCCAUCGAGGCCAACUCACAAUACUUCCAUUUGGCAGCCUGGGCUGUUCCUGCGGUGAAGACCAUCACUAUCCUCGCCAUGGGUCAAGUGGACGGAGACCUGCUGACGGGCGUGUGCUAUGUGGGCAUAUAUAGUGUAGCAUCUCUGCGGGGUUUCGUACUGGCACCGCUCUUUGUUUACCUCUUCAUUGGCACCUCAUUUCUUCUGGCGGGCUUUGUUUCGCUGUUCCGCAUCCGCACCAUAAUGAAGCACGACGGAACGAAGACCGAGAAGCUGGAGAAGCUCAUGGUGCGCAUCGGGGUGUUCAGUGUGCUCUACACAGUGCCCGCUACAAUCGUGAUCGCAUGCUACUUCUACGAGCAGGCUUUCCGAGAGCACUGGGAGAAGACGUGGCACAUGCAGACGUGCAAGCGCUUCGCUGUGCCCUGCCCGGCCGGCAACUUUGCACCCAUGUCACCCGACUUUACUGUGUUCAUGAUCAAGUACUUGAUGACCAUGAUCGUUGGUAUCACGUCUGGCUUUUGGAUCUGGUCCGGCAAAACUCUGCAGUCGUGGCGCAGGUUUUACAAAAGACUCAGUAACAGUAACCAGGGUGAGACGACUGUAUGAGAAUGGGACACGACCCUGAGAGUAAAACACAAGACUGACAUUUUGAGGAAAUUGGUUUGUUAAGGCUGGACGACACUUUUUAUUUGAAUUCUUUAUUUCUGAGACGUUUUCUGGUUAAACGAGCCCAAAAAAAAAAAAAAAAAAAAAAGAAGCCUAAUGCAGUUACUGAUGAACAUGCUUAACAGCUAAAUGUACUUUGUCUUUUGAGAAAUGAAAUUUUGUGGACACUAAAAAAAAAAAGUGCCAAAAUGUUUCCCCAAACUUCUGCCUUUGUUUUUUUUUCAUGUGAAAGAAAUAUUUUGACUUUGCCUCUAUGUACCAGUAUAUUUUACACGUCAUGUGUCUCUGCACAUCUUAAGGCCUACAUUCACGCGCUGUAAUCGGCAUAGUACCAUGUAGUGCUCAUUACUGUGGAAUCGUGAUUACUUUUUUUUUUUUUCUUACCCAUGAAUAUUGACCAUGUUUUGCUUUACAGAUGUAUGCUCUCCUGUCUUUUAUGGACUUGUAUGAGUUUCAGAGCCACCCGCUGACAAUCAUGCAUCGUUCAUGUGGCACACAAGCACGUUGGUGUUGGGCUUGGGGAGCUACAUGCAUGUGUCCAGCUGGGAAAUUAUGCAAGCUUCUUUUAAACUGCGUAAACUUGUAAAUAAUCACCCUUUCUUAAAGAAUAUAUGUAUUUAUGAAAAUAAUCUUGUUGUUUUUUUACUUGAUUUUUUUUUUUUUAAACAGAAAAUUGGUAAGAGGACAUUUGUAUAUGUACAGUUUCACUGAAUAAAAAUGAUUAGAUUUUUAA